GUGUAAGCGACCUUCGGUCCGCGGUAAAUUGGAAUACGCAUGCGCCUUGCGAUGUCAACAAACCCGCCGUAAGUCCCGCAGCGCGCCUUUAUGAAAUAGUGAAAUGUUGUUAUGGGUUCUAGACAUAUAAGCUUAAAAGAAGCCGCCGAGCAUGGAUGUACUCGAUUUAUUCCAUUUUUGUCGAAUUGGAGAUGUGGAAAAUACCAGGAACUUAGUGGAGGAAGAAGAUGUCGAUGUUAAUGUGAGGGAUUGCUGGGAUAGUACACCACUGUAUUAUGCAUGUCUAUGCGGUCAUGAAGCUUUGGUUGCAUAUCUUCUGUCAAUAGGUGCCAGAUGUGAGCCAAAUACAUUUGAUGGAGAGCGAUGCCUCUAUGCAGCACUCACAGACAGAAUUCGCAAGAUCUUGCAAAAUUACAAGGCCAUCACCAGUACAUGUAUGAGAAGGAAUCCUUAUUAUGAGUUCCUUCGCAGGACUCUAGAAAGUGGUGAUUUUGCAGAUGUAUGUUUUGUGAUACAUGGACAGAGAUUCUGUGCCCAUCGAGCUAUUUUAACUACACGUAGCAGCUAUUUUGCUAGCAUGUUUGAGACAAAAUGGAAGGACAAACAUGUUAUCACUUUGAAUAAUUCAUUGGUAAAACCCUGGGCAUUCAAGGCUUUGCUAAACUUUAUUUACAUGGAUCGUCUAGAUGUUGAUGUCUCACAAACCAUGGAUGUUUUACUCUUGGCAAAACAGUGUAAAUUACAUGUGCUAAAACAGCUCCUUGAGAUGCGUUUACGAGAUAUUGAAAUGAUGAGUGAUUCCAAGCCUGGAACUCAUGAAGUCAAAGUUAUCAGUGUUGAGCCAGAUGCGUCUCUAAGGACAAUGCAAGGAGAAUAUGGACAAAUGGCAGAGAUUGCUAUUCCUCAACCCUAUCGACAGCAGCAAUUUCCUCGAGAAUUUGGAGAGUUUUUCUUCCCGUUUUCCCUGUCUCUACCAAAUGAUGACAGAAUUCCUGGUGACCUUCCAUCAUAUACUGAUAUCUGUAUCAACGUACAAGGAAACAAAUUCUUCUGCCACAAGAUGUUUUUAUGCGGCCGCAGUGAUUACUUUAGAGCUCUUUUGAUUGAUCACUUCGCUGAAGUCUCAACAGAACCAAACUCAAUACCGGAGUUGGCACUUCAUGACGUCACGCCGGAGGUCUUUGCUGCUGUUGUGUCCUUUGUAUACAGGGACAAUGCCGAGCUCACAGAUGAAAUCCUUUAUAACGUUCUCUGUGCCGCGGAUAUCUACCUACUACACGGACUCAAGCGACUAUGCGAACACAAGAUCAGCGGCCUACUUGACCGUGCUAAUGUUUUGACAGUUCUCCGGACCGCGCGGCUUUUCUCGCUAGACCGACUUGAAAUGAAUUGUUGCGACUUCCUUGCUGGAAACAUCGCAGAGUUCAUCGAUAGCCAAGACUUUCACGAAUUGAUCCUCGAGGAUGCCGCGGCCAUCCGCAACAGAGAGGAGACCGACUCGAUUCCAAUCGUGGACGACCUGAGGUUCCACCUGUACAAGAACAUCCUACCAAACGAUGGCAGUGGCUCCCUGUGCUUGGAGGGAGGUGAUGCUGAAAUUAACCUCUUGAUCCUUAACAACAUCUUGGAAAAACUCGGACUAGACUGCUGAAUGGAACAAGAAUGCUGAAAUGUACAGAUAGUGAAUUUGAAUAGAAUUUUAAAGAAGACCUGGUGAGUCUUGAAUAGUGAACUAGAAGGCUGAAUUGAAGUCAAACGCUGUUUCCUGCAGAAUCUGUCUCAGUUCAAUCAGCGCACGAAUUAAUGAAUCGUA